GCAUCGAUGAACAUAUUGAACGAAUGCGGAAGCGUCCCGAAAGCUAUUGAAGUAGUGUCAUCUGUCAAGUGUUGUGUUGCACGCUGAACUGCGUACAUAUCUCUGGCAGUAUCAGUCCGAGUCGACCAUAAUAGUGUUGUGCUAUGGCCGCGUUCAGCACCUCAACUGGGAGACCCUACCACAUCAUCAUCUUUGGUGCUACGGGUUUUACGGGACAGUUUGUGGUGGAGGAAGUGGCGCGCACUGCAUCUGAGGGUCCGAAAGGGAGUCUGAAAUGGGCCGUAGCCGGGAGGAGCAGACCCAAACUGGAAAAAGUUCUGGAGCAGGCAGCCGGAGCUCUCAGUAAGCCAGAGCUGCAGUCAGAAGUCUCUAUCAUCGUUGCGGAUGUCAGUGAACCGGACUCAUUGGCUGCCAUGUGCAAACAGGCGGUCAUUGUGCUGAACUGUGUGGGACCUUAUCGAUUCUUUGGUGAACCUGUUGUCAAGGCAUGCGUCGAGAAUGGAGCACAUUGUCUCGAUAUCUGCGGAGAACCACAGUUUCUGGAGAGUAUGCAGUUAAACUACCACGACCAGGCUGCUGAGAAGGGGCUUUACAUUGUGGGAAGCUGUGGUUUUGACUCCAUUCCUGCAGACAUGGGUGUUAUUUACACCAGGGACCAGUUUAAAGGGACACUAACAGCCGUUGAGAGCUUUUUGACUGCAAGCUCCGGGCCAGAGGGAGGCUCCAUCCAUGAUGGCACCUGGCAGUCAGCUAUCUACGGCUUUGCAGACAGCCACAAGUUACGCAGCCUCAGGAAAAAGUUUGGUCACAAGCCUCUUCCUGUGGUGGGGGCUAAAAUUAAAAGGAGGGGUGCGCUGUUUUUUAGUGAUGAAGUUCAGCAAUAUGCAAUUCCCUUCAUGGGUACAGACCCAUCAGUGGUGAAGAGAACCCAGCGCUAUUUACAUGAAGAACUCCAGGAGUCUCCGGUUCAGUAUGGAGCGUAUGCCGGUGUUGGCGGCAUUUCCAACAUUAUUAAACUCCUCUUUGCUGGAUUGAUGUUCUGGUUUCUUGUGAAGUUCAGCUUUGGCAGAAAUCUCCUUGUUAAGUUUCCAGAGUUUUUCUCUUUCGGCUUCUUUUCCAAAGAGGGUCCAACUAGAAAGCAGAUGGAGGGUUCUUCUUUCCGCUUUGCUUUUUAUGGAGAAGGUUACAAUAAAGGUCAGGACCCCACUGAGGGCAAACCUAACGCUAAGAUCCGGACUCUAGUCCAAGGACCAGAGGCUGGAUAUGUCGCUACCCCAAUUGCUAUGGUUCAAGCAGCCAUUACCAUGCUGAAUGAAUCUGAUUCCCUUCCUAAAACGGGCGGUGUGUACACUCCAGGAGCAACAUUCGCCAAAACCACCCUUGUCGACCGCCUCAACAAACAUGGCAUCCAGUUCUCUGUCCUCUAAGUAAGAUUAAAGGGCUUCAACUGGCCUGGCUCAAACAUCUGUCUUCUGAAGCACUUAUUCAUUUGCUUGCUUGAAUGUAGAGAAAUCUGUUGUUAUCUGGAGCUUCCUCAGCUAACUUGCAGUGUUUUCCAGUGUAGUGUCUAGCUUGCAUAUAGUAGACUGGGCUGGAUUUGCAAGCAUGCACUCUGCUCAAAUGGCUGAGAAAUUUGCACCAAGAGUGAGGCACAAACCUUAUGAGAUCCCUCCUUAUGAACACACAUAUAAUUUCCUGUUUCGAUUUGAGAGUUUGAAAUGUUCAUUUGUAUUUUUUCCCCUGUUAUAUUUAUCACAAAAAUAAAUACUUAUAAAGAUGACAGACAUCUCUAAAAACAUUUUUGUAAUAAUAUAUUAAAAUAGUUGUGAAGCCUAUUUGAAAGGUUGGAAUCUUAGUUUAUUUUCUAAAAGAUUACAGAAUGAUAUAAUGCAGUUUACUGGAAUGACUGGUCUGGAAGAUGAACUUAUUGCCUGCUUUUGUUCUGGUUGAUUUCAAACUAAAUAAAGAUCAUAUCAAACGAUGUGCUUGGAUGAAAGUAUAUAUUUAAGAGUUGAAUGAGACAUUUUGAUAAUAAAUAAAAAAAAGUAUGUGAAGCUACAGUAAGUCAUUUUGGAAUCCAAGUAAAUAAUUUUAUUGUCAUCCUGUAAUCAACAAGUAAAAGGCUCAUAGGGCGCUAAGUUUAUGAAGAAUUAUUGUUGUUUUAUUGUCAGGACCAAAUUCCAGACUUUUCUCUCUUUCGACGUACAAUUUUUUUGAGAGUAUUUAUGCACUGUUCCAACUGCUCAGCGAAGUCCUGCAAGAGAUAAGUGUUCAUCCACAAACAGUUUGAGACCCAGCAGGUCUGCUUCCUCCUACAGAAAUAGAAUUGCACAAAGACUGUUUCUCUCAACCCUGAAAUGUAUUUUGCAGUCAAACCAAUAUACCUUGGCAAAGCAUUUGCCCCCAAUGGUCUUUGCUGGUAUACACAAUUAUUUUGCUUAUUAAAAUGAUUAAGCCGAACACCUGAGUGAAAAGGCUGAUUGAAUUUUAUUUUCUGGCCUAUGAGGUUCAAUAGAACCAAGCCAGGUGGGGACUGUGCACUUACAUUGUGAUUGUGUUUGCACAGUCACUGUAGUUUCCCCCCUGACAGGGGUCAUGCUGUGGUAGAACACUUUUAAGGCUAUGGCAAACUCAGCAUCACAGCUGGGUCUUAGGCUCCCUCUUCUUUCCAGUCAACCACAGCUAUUCUCCACACCUGUGGCAGAAAUGAGGGAGAGUAGCACAGUAUGUGUUGGAUGUAAGGUGAGAGAUAUUAAGGCACACUUUAAAUGUUGCCCCAUUUAUAAACGAAAUUCUAAUGUGUUCUGUAUGCACUUUUGUGUGUUUCGCAUGUUUCAUGCUUGUUAUUCAGUUUCUGCCAGUCUUAAAAAGUCUUCAAAGGUCUUAAUUAGUUAGUUUUGUAAUUAAGUCCUUAAAAAGGUCUUCA